GUCUAUACUGAUAUGUUCCAGUUUCACACAGUUUCCUUGACAAACCAAAGGAAGUACUUCUCCGUGAUUGUAUGUAUAGGUAUCAUUAUGAUCAUCUUACAGUGCUUCACCAUUGAGAGGGUUAAAAUCAACAAAAAACAAUACAAACAAAAUGAACCAGCUGUGCAUUCAGUUUUGUAUUUCAACCCUCCUUCGCAUAUUUCACCAGAGACCUGGACUUUUUCUUCUUGUCGAAUACCUCACUGCAGAGCUACAACCGACAGAAGUCAGAUGCAGUCCAGCAAAGCUGUGAUAUUCUAUCAAUUCCUUAUGCCAGAGUCUCCACCGCCAAAGACACCAGGCCAAAAAUGGAUUUUUGCCUCGAGUGAGAGUCCAGUAAAUACACACAAUACGAGUGCUCUUCAAGGAUGGUACAAGAAAUUUGAUUGGGUGAUGACGUACAGAUUAGAUGGCGAUUUUUAUCACGGAUAUGGCGAACUCAAGCGCCGUACAGUUCCUUCUGGCAGGAAUUACUCUGCUAUUUAUUUGCUGAAAAAGUUUGAUGUUUCUUGGAUAGUAAGUCAUUGUAAAACCCAAAGCAGACGAGAGGAGUAUGUGAGAGAACUGGCGAAACAUAUUCAAGUGGAUACAUUUGGUAAAUGUGGGGAUUUAUUCUGUGGUCCAAAAACUGGAAAUGAAAAUGACACCUGUCACCACCUGGUCUCCCACAACUAUAAAUUUUAUUUGUCAUUUGAAAAUUCUCUCUGUAGAGAUUAUACCUCCGAAAAAUUUUAUUUCAUUUAUUUAUACGACACACCAAUAAUUCCGGUAGUUCGUGGGGCUGCUAAUGGAAAAUCGUAUCUGCCACAAGGAACAUUCAUCGACACUAAUGACUUUGAAUCUCCAAAACACCUAGCAAAGUAUCUAAAACACAUAGGAAGUAAUGUUUCAGAGUAUGUCAGGUUACUUAAAAGAAGGGAUGAAUUUGUAUCUAAAAGUUUGAAUGAUAUUUGCCAGUCUGCACUGUGUAACCUAUGUGAAAGACUCCAUUUUGACAAUCUCACCUCGAGGCCAUACGACAUAAAACAAUGGUUCUUCACAGAUCAGUGCAAAAGUCCCACUGAUUUAAAUUUUAAUUGA